AUGGAUCAGCAACUAAAGGGUACGCUGGUUUCACGGAGAGACACAAUGAUAACUGCGCUCAGUCGGGCGGAGGCUUUCAUAGCAGAUUUCAAUAUCGAACGUGAUCAAAUUCAAGUAGCUUUGCGACUGCAGUAUCUAGACAAAAUGUGGGCGACUCUGGAGGCCGUUCAAGGUCAGCUGGAGGACAUUGAAACUACUAAUGAAGGUAAGAGGUUGCUUGCCGAUGUUCGAGCAAAUUUUGAGCCUCGACUGUUCAAAACUAAGGCCAGCCUUAUCGCAAAACUCCCUUCUCAAAAUGGGAACGUUUCUGUGCCGCCAGUCGCACAUUCCAGUACUUCUCUAACGGGCAUUAAACUACCUACGAUUACGCUUCCCGAAUUUGAUGGCGAUUACAACCAAUGGCUUGCAUUUCACGACACGUUUUUAGCCCUUAUUCAUUCGAAUCCUGAGGUUCCAGAUGUGCAAAAGUUUCAUUAUUUAAGGGCCGCUGUCAAGGGCGAAGCUGCACAGUCAAUAGAAUCGAUCGCUAUUAGUUCUGCCAAUUAUAAGCUCGCUUGGGAAGCGUUGGUGAGUCGAUAUGAUAAUGAAUACCUCCUGAAGAAACGUCAUUUACAGGCCUUGUUCAGUAUACCAUGUAUGCAAGUGGAAAAUCCAGCAGAACUCCACAGAUUAGUAGACGAAUUUGAACGCCAUGUCAAAAUAUUACAUCAACUGGGUGAGCCAACAGACCAGUGGAGCACAAUAUUGGAGCAUUUACUCUGCAUUCGCUUACACGAUGACUGUAUUAAGGUUUGGGAGGACCAUGCGUCAACACUUACGGAUCCCAACUAUAGAUGUUUGGUUGAGUUCCUGCAUCGUCGAGUAAGGGUGUUGGAAUCAAUCUGCGCCAACCAUCAUGGAUCUUCAUCUGGUUCUUGUAUGCAAGGGCAACCAGAGCAGAUACCUUGUCAGUUUAAUUCUUCGUCAUAUGCUACUACAUCUAACUUCCAUGACAGCUGUUUGGCCUGCAACCAACCGCAUCCGCUAAUAAGAUGUGAAGUGUUUCAUCGGCUUUCGUUGCCCGAGCGACAGCAGUUCGUAUACUCCAAACGCUUGUGUCACAAUUGUUUGAGAGCUGAUCACAUCGUUAGAAACUGCUCGUCUAGUUACAACUGUAGGAAAUGCAAUCGUCGUCACCAUACGCUGCUCCACCCAAAUUCUUCGGACGGCCUUGCGAGUACAGAUUCUUCGGUUCAUCUCACCAUUCAACCAACGACCAGCCCAUCCCCAUCUGCGGAAACUACUGUUGGAACAAAUAAACAAGCGACAAUGUUACAGUCCGGAAAUCUCCCACACGUUGAGGUGAGUGCAUCAAUGCGAGGUCAAGCUGAAAAUGUAUUUCUGAUGACAGCCGUGGUGACGAUCAUAGAUUCACAUGGGCAACACCAUUCAGCUCGAGCACUGUUGGAUAGUGCAUCGCAACCUAACCUAAUUUCCGCACGAUUAGCCAGUGUGUUGCAACUGAAGAGGAACAGUACCUACGUAACAAUCCAUGGAGCAGGUAAUUUAGCAAAACCGGUACGUCAAUCUGUCACCACUGAGAUCAGAUCGAGGCGUGGACACUUUUCAUGUGUUGCCGAUUUUCUCGUGAUGGAUGUUGUAACAUCCAGCCUCCCAAAACAAAACGUAUCCACAGCAGGCUGGAAAAUUCCGAGUGACGUGGUUUUGGCCGAUCCUUCGUUUAAUCAAAGUCAGCCGAUAGACUUAAUACUAGGUGCAAAACAUUUCUGUUCCUUUUUCCCCAGUGCGGCCCGUAUGCAGUUAAACGAGAAUCUUCCAAAUUUGGUUGACAGCGUGUUUGGUUGGGUAGUAUCCGGUGCAGUUAAUUCAACCCACGCAGAUGGCAACUCAUUAUCGCAACCAGCCCAUCAAAUCAGUGAAAGAGCUUCGCCAGAGCUCAAUUCAUUCCAAAAUAAUUAA